AUGGCGAAGCUUUCUCCUGAGUACGCCUUCAGCCUCCUCAAGUCCAUGAACGACGAGGAGAAAUCCCGCUUUUUGAAGCAGCUGGAACAGGACCCACUGCUUCCAUCAGCCACGGAGAGCUCAUCCUCGGCAGAUGCGCCCGCCACGCACAAUGAUUACGGCUUACCUCCUGCAGUGCCGACAACUUCGAAACCCCCGCCAGCUGCCUCUCCACCCGCUUCGGCCGCUGAGGUGCAGCCCGAUGCAGAUCAUGGGGGAGACGCAGAUCCUACGGGACCCACUUUGGCUGGCACUGCUGGGGGCGGCACCGCUGGCAAUGGAGGGAACGGGGUUGCGACCGCGAAGAAACCCGAGGUGAAGGAGCCACCACCAAAGCCUCCUUCGUCUUCCGCUUCGGCUCCCCCGCCGCUGGAGGCAAAAAGCUUGGCCACACCGCCGAAGCCCGCUUCGGCUACUGGCGCUCCCACUUCUACGAUGCCACGUGCCCUGCCGGCGGCCAAGGAAAGGCGCGGGCACCACUGGGAAACAGACGCCCGCUUCCUCUUCGGCUACCGCUGCCCCGGGGAAACCGGGCGCCACUUCUGGCGAGCGACGCCCCAGCGACCCGCUUAA